UGCCAAGGCCAGGCAGCGCCGCUCCAUCUGGGCUGCGCAGAGCAGGCGAAGAGUUAACGCUCCCAGCCGCCCCUCGUAAACAUUGUGCUUGGCCCGGCGCCCGAGACCCCCCCGCCCACCCGACUGCUUCCAAUUAGCUGGUGGGUCCGUCAGCUUCUGCGGUGGGUCGCCGGCUCCCCUGCCUGCUCCUCCGCCCGUGGCGCCCUCUUCCGCGCGGGGCCAUGAUCCACAGCCGCCACUCCUUCCUCCCGGCCGGCUCCCUGCUGCUGCUGCUGCUGCUGCUCCUGCUCCUGCUCUGCCGGGACCCCCUGCCCGCCCGUGCCCAGAGGGUCAAGGUCCUCUUCACCCCCAUGAUCUGCCGGGUGCACUGCAGCAGCGAGGGCCGCUGCGCCAACCACUGCGAGAGGGGCAAUGCCACCACCCUGUACAGCGGGGCGGACGCCAGCCCGGCCGAAGGGGGACCCGGCUUCCGUGUCUGUGAGUAUGGCAGCAGGGGGGCUUGGUGGGGGGCUGGCACAGGGCAGGGGAUGCAGCAUGGAAAAGCGGGCAGCCUCUUGCAUCAAGUGCCCUUCCUGGAUCCCAUGUGCCACUCUGGGUGCUUGGUGCCCGCUCCUGCCCAGGUCACAGCCUCCUGCGUGGGCCUCUCUGCUGUGCCAGGCACACCUUUGCCCCUUGCCUAGUUCUGUGUCUGGUUGCUGAGGUUUGUGGCUGCCCCACCCCCCGUUUGGGCUAGGAGAAAUGGGGGGGCUUCCUGGUGCCCUCGCCUCAUCUGGUCCUUUCGACGGGCAACUUUUUCCUCCCCUUCCUGGAAUGUGGUUUCUGUUUCCCAGGAACAGAGACAGGCAGCGAUUCUCCCCCCCCCCCGCGCCACUUGACCAGAUGUCCCCCCCAGUGCAUGGCUCCUCUCCCACCCACCCACCUGCCAGCUGCUGCCCUGGCACAGGGACUCUCCCCUCUCCCUCUUCCCCGCCUGCAGCUGGGGGUUGCUGUGUGUGGGUGACCCCAGGAGGGGCCAGGGCAGCAAAUGGGUCUGGGGGUCAUGGCCUCUGCGGUCAGGCGGGCAGAUGGGAUUCUCCAGCUGCCACUCCUAGGGUCAAACUUUGCAGGGGGGGCCUGCAUGUCGGAGGGGGCCGGGGGGUGCAGACCCCCCAGAAAACCUGAUGUUCCUGGGAAUUAUAUGAGCGGCUGCUGAGCGACACCUUGCAGGACGGGGGGCAGGGACUCGGGGGCCAGGGGUUCGUUGUCGUGUCCCCCCUGCCUCCCAGAAGGCGCUGAGGGUUGGGGGGGCUCUGCCUGCUUUCUCCCCACCCACGUUAACCCUGCGAGCGCCUUCUCUUCCUGGCGCCCCACGAGGGUCUUCUCUUGGCCCCCGGAUGCCGGCAGAGGCUCCUUCGGGGGCUGGAGGGAGAGCAGGCGGCCAGCUGGCGCGGAGCCCUCCCUCCUCCAGAUGGGCCCAGCUGCCUCUGGCGGGGGGCCAGGGGGGCUGAGCUCCAGCCCCAGAGGAGGCAGGCAGGCAGGGGGUCUUGGUGUCCUCAGGGCCACCCUGUGCCUCAGUUUCCCUGGGCAGGCUUGGGGAGGGGCGUCCUGCACGCUGAGGGCUUGGAGAGGGGCGGGGGCUGUUGGGGGCGUCUCCCCGUCCUCCCCUCCCUCUUGUGCUUGGUGAUGCUCCCCAGGCUGCGCGUGGGUGGGGGUGCAAAGCGAGGCGUGUCCUGGCGGGCCUUUCCCCGCGUGUCGUGCCUCGGAGCAGCGCCUGGUCCUUGCGCGGGGGGAGGCAGCGGCCCCCCAGGAUGGGAUGCAGCACCACAUGCUCAUUGACGUAGUCCACAGCCCACGGGGGUGGGGGGCCUCUGGCGCUCCGGCCCCCGCCACUCCCAGGAACAUAGGAAUCCGGCCAGCGCGUCCAUUAGCUCCGAAGACACUGGCUGGCAGAAAGGGCUCACCAGGGUUGCAGGCAGAGGAGUUUCUCUCAGCACCCUCCCCCCCGCCCCAGAGAUGGGACCCAGGACCUUCUGCCCCAUAGCUAUGGCUCCUCCCUAUGGCCUGGGGAGGGUCAGACCUGACCUGCCUGCUCACCCCCCCAAAAAAUUUCUCUGCUACUGAAGGCACUUGCAGUUUGCAGACUUCCAGCAGUUUUGCUGCUACCAUGUUGUUUCUAUGGUGAGGGCUCCAAAUGAUGAUGCUGAUGAUAAUAAUAAUAAUAAUAAUAAUAAUAAUAAUAAUAAUAAUAAUAAUAAUAAUAAUAAUAAUAAUAAUAAUAAUGGCCCACCCAUCUGACUGGGUUGCCUUUUCCACUCUGGACGGCUUCCAACAAAUAUCAAAGCAUAAUAAAGCAUCAAAGAUCAAAAAAUUCCCAGUACAGGGCUGCCUUCAGAUGUCUUCGAAAAGUUGGAGAGUAAUUUAUCUCCUUGGCAUCUGAAGGGAGGGUGCCACUGCCAAGAAGGCCCUCUGCCCGGGUCCCUGUAACUUCGCUUCUCGCAGGGAGGGAACCAGCAGAAGACCCUCGGAGGGGGACCUCUGAACAAUGGGGGUGGAGACUCUCCCUCAGGUACGCAGGGCAGGUAUGGCAGCCUUCCUUUGCGGCCCCAGUCAGGAGCGUAGGAAGGGGGGCGGGGGGGGCGGAUUGUCCUGGGUGUCUUCCCUGAGGGGGGUGACAAAAUCCCCCCUGGUCGGAUCACCGCCGCCCCCCCGGCGCCGAUCGCAGCGCUGAUCCCGGGUGCACGACAUGUGGGGGCUGCCAUUCUGCCAGAGCUCAGCAGAGGGACUAUGGGGUCCCUGGCACAAAACCUCCUUAUGGCAUCGUGGAAUUACAGGGUUGUGGGGGAAGCCCAGGGUCCUCUAGUCUGACCCCUGCACUCCUCUUCCUCAGCCCCCCCAACCACACCCUUUCUUGGCCAGGGGGAUGUGCAGCUGAGGCCCUUUCCUGGUGAGCAAGAAGGCCAAGUCUUGGCCCCAAUCCUCCUCUUCCUGUGGCCCUGAGUUUCCCAAAGGGGUGGGGAGGGGCUGGCAGCGAAGCCUCUGUGCCGCUUUCUGGGGGUCUCAGAGACUGAGCCGGCCGCCCCCUGCCUCUCCCCUUCCUCGCGUCUCCAUGGGGUCAGGCCUGAGAAGGAGUAAGCCGUGGGCGUCCUGGGAGUUUUAUGUCCCCCCCGGUCUAAAUUUGGACUGUCAGAAGUAGACAGAGCACAGCCCCCUUUGGCAGCCGGGAGUCGCGUCUGGGGCAGGAAUCCUUCUUCACUCGGCACGGUUAACCUACGGAACUCCCUGCCACAGAGGUGGCCACCAACUGGGAUGGCUUUAACAUAAAGUCUUGGAGGAGAGGGCUAUUGAUGCCCAUGAUGGCUCUGCCCUGCCCUCCAUGGUUGGAGGAAGCAGUGUGUCCGAAUGCCAGUCGCUGGAAACCACAGGAGAGCAGAGCGCUCUUGGGUUCGAAUCCUGCUUGCAAGUGUCCCACAAUGGAAUCUGGUUGGCCGCUGUGGGAAGCGGCUGCUGGACUGUAUGUCUCUCCCCCCCCCCCCCCCCGGGCUGAUCCAGCACUCUGGCUCUUCUGAUGGAACCUCCAGCUCCAGGAGCAGUCUACCUGGAUCCCUGUGUUCUCAGGGGUAUUUGGCUGCGGUGAGAACAGGACUAGAUGGGUCCCCCUUGGGCCCGAUUCCAGCAGGCUCCUCUGCCCCAAAGUGGCCCCCACCAACCUGGAAACCCCUCCCCCAAUGUUUUGAACUACAAUUCCCACCAGCCCUUGCAACUUAGAGCUGUGCUGGUGGGAGCCUCUAUCCGCAAGGCCCCUCUUUUGUCAAGGCUGCCUGGGCCACCCCACCCCCCCCAAAAAAAGACACCAUUGAUUAAGGUUUUGAGUGUCACGGUGCAAAGGCGGAGCAGCUAACGAAACCAACAGAGAGCGAGAAAACCGACAAGCUGAUAACGGAGGCAGGACCUGGGUGGAGGUCAAAACGAAAAUGACGAGGAAGAUUAUAUGCCAAAAUAAUCUUGCAGAGCGUAGCGUAAAUAGACACAGUUUCUUCUUUACGUAAGGAGAAAUAAACACGGAGAUAAUAUAAACUGGGCGCGAGGCUGCAAUUACAGCUUCCAUAUGUCCAGCGAGGCGGGAGAAAGAGGGAGAGGCGCAGCCGCCUGGACAGCAGGAAGAACUUUCUGAGAUCAAGAGCCAUUGGACGGGGGGACGGACCCCCUGGGAAGGUUUCUAAGCGGAGGUUGGGGGGCCGUCUGCCGGGGGGGUGUCCAUCUGUGGCUCCUGCAUUGCGGGGGAUCAGGCUGUGUAGAGUCCAAGUGCACCCCCCCCCGGUGGAGCAGGAGGGGAAGUUCUCAUAGAAUCACAGGAUCUUAGAAUUGUAGAGUUGGAAGGGGACCCACCGAGAUCAUCUGGUCCAACCCCCUGCAAUGCAGGAAUCACAGCUGAAGAAGCCCUGGCAUCCGAACUUAAAAAUGGAAAGCGUAAUGCCGGUGGUCAACAAAAGAGGUUCAAAGACUCUCCAAAGGCAAAUCUUAAAAAAUGUAGUAUAAACACUGAAACUGGGAAACACUGGCCUGCGAGCGCUCCAGAUGGAGAACAGCCUUUACCAAAGGUGUCCUGGGCUUUGAAGACACUUGAACUCAGGACACAAGGGAGAAAUGUGCUGAGAGGAAGACACGCUUGGCCAAUCCACACUGUGAUUAACUCCCGCCCGGAAACCCCACUGAGGAAGGACGUGUGGAUCCAGAAUUGGCCUCCACAGUCACAGGACCCACUGUUCAGACUCUGUUCGUGGGAGACCAUCUUACUCAGCUACGAGGAGACGAUUCCUGACCGAGGGCCACCCAACCUCUGCUUAAAAGCCUCUGAUGAAAGAGAGUCCCUUCCCAGGAAGCCCAUUCCUCCAUCUCACGGCCUUUGCUGUCAGAAAUCUCUUCCUAUUGCUUAGUUAAAAUCUCCUUUCUUGCUGUUUGAAUCCAUUGAUUCGGAUCCUGCCCCCUGGACUUUGCUGAACCAGUUUACUUGGAUUGUUUUGGUUCCAGAGAGCUUUGGAAAGGAGGCGACACCAGCAGCCCCAGUCCUUGCGGGAGUCUUUUUGGUCACAAGGACAGCAGGUGGUUGGGGCAGGAUGGGGAGGGGACCACCCCUGUCCCUUCCUCUACCCUCAGCUCAGGUUGACCCUGGCGGGGGGGGGGAGAGUGUCCUGCCUUGCAGGAGGGGGUCGGACAAGGUGUCCGUGUGGUCCUUUCCAAAGAUCCCUCUUGCAGGCUGCUUCCUGCCAUGACAGCUUUUCUAGAGAGGACAAGGAGUGUAGGGUGGCGUUCUGCCACUGAAGGACUCUGUGGGGCUCAGAAGCUUGCACAUUUCUGACUUUAAAAAGAGGGAGAGCUUGGGGCUGGACUGUGCUGUGCCUGCUCUGGAUCGGUUGGCAAGAGAAGCCCCCGCACUGCUUUCUCAAUCUGCUCCGUCGCUGGUGCCCGCCUGGCCUCUCGCCUCCCACCCUGCCCUCUCCCCACGCCAACUUUGCCCUCUGCCUAAUCUGGCCUCCCUCUGACCGCGGCCCAGCUGGCUGGCCUGCAGACUUGCCCUCUCAAAGGCCUGGCAGGAUCUGUCCCUUCUCAGCACUGCCCAGACGGGCACAGGGCAGCCAAGAACAACCGAGACUGUCUGGCCGGCCUCGAUUGUGCCUGGGAAUGUGGGGCAAGUGGGGCCCCCUCCAAGAGAUCUGGCUCCCGCCCAGCCCCAGGGAUGGGGGGGCUCUGCACUGCAGGCCGAGUGGGCAUGGGGUCCCGUUGCUCCCAGCAGGGAGCUGGCUCAGGACCCCACAGUGCCGGGCAGCGCUGUCUGUAAAAGGACAACCUUCUUUUCCUGCAUAUUCUGCACCCCCCCAAUCAGUUCAGAUCUUGCUGUGCAGAUGCGUCCCACCCCCGAGUGUUUAGAAAAGCACAUACCUCACCGUGACUCUGGCAAGCGAGCCAAGCCGCACACUCUGGACGGAGGCCACGCGCCCCCUACCCCGUCCCUCCAGGAGAAGGUGGGGUGUCCUGAGAGCAGAGACUUCCUGCUGACUUGGCAGCCCAGACCCCACCCGGGGGGGGGGGGCGAAGCCAGAGACUUUUCCUAACACAAACACACAGCUCCCAAACCCCCAAAGGCAGCUGAGCAGAAGACUUGCGGGAUGAGGCUGAGUUUUGGAAACCGGAUCGGGACACCGGAGUCGCCGUGCUGGUACCACAUGUAGCGAGUGCCAGGAAGUUUCCCCAGAGUUCCCCUCAGAGACUCGCACACGAAUGGGGGCAAAGGGGCAUCUCGGCCCCCAAGGAGAUGCAGGAAUCUCUGUUGCAUUGCAGCGGGGAGCGAACGUCCUUGUUAUUUAUUUCGUAAGAUUUGACUAUAAGACAAGAACAUUAAAAGCCUCAAAGCAGUUUGCAAGAUCAAGCGAGAAAAAUCAAGCGUGGUUCACUUUAAAAUGUACAAAACUUAAAAUACGAAAGCCGAUUAAAGUUGCCUCAGUUUCCUAAGCAUCUGGGUUAGGAUGCUUUUAGCAGGUGCCGAAAAGAGUCCAGUGAAGGCGCCUCAAGUGGCAGGGAGUUCCAAAGGGUCGGUGCUGCCACUAAAUGACCGAGUUCUUAAAAGCACAAAUCAAAGCAGUCAGGUGGGGGCCUUUUGGGUAAGGAGGUCUCAUCCUGCUGGGACCAUUUCCAAGUUGGGUGUGUCUAGGAUCGAAGUCAUUGUUUAUUUUAUUUUUAAUUACAUCCCACUUUAAGAACUUAACAAGAGCCCUGGAUGAGGCCAAUGGCCCACCUAGUCAAGCGUCCUCGUCUCCUAGUGGCCAAAUUUCCCUAAGAACCCAGGAAUCUAGAUAGACUGCCUCUGGAGCUGGAGGUUCCAUUGGAAGAGCCUGGCUGCUGGAUGAGGCCAACGGGGGCCUGUCUAGUCCGGCAGCCUGUCCUCACAGCGGCUGAGCAGGUGUCCACAAGCCGGAGCUGAGAGCAAAAAAAACCUCUCCCCUCCUGCAGUUUGCAGCAGCUGCCACUCGGAAGCAUUUGUGGCCUCCUGCAAGGUGGCCGUAAAAUUAGCACGCCAUAAAUAAAAGGGAUUUCUGGUGGCAGAGGCAGCGGCGCUGACGGGAAGUGUUAAAAACCCAGGUUCUCCUGCCGCCCGGCUAUCAAAUAAUCAUCCAAAUAGUGCAUGACGUAAUGGGAUCCUGACCUUAUUUUCAUGGCCCACUCCAGAAAUGUGCUUAAAGUCUGAAAAGGGGUGCAUGCAAUGGAGCAGCCAUGGGCAUAGCAUGGUAAAAGUACCAUUGGUCCUGACACUUUAAACCCAGCAGCCAGAAGUCAUGAGGGUGGACUGGAAGCAGGCGAAAGGUCGAUUCAGCAUCACACUUUUCCCUAAGAGCACUAGGGCUGCCGCAUUCCUUAAUAAACUGGAUUGCAUAAUCUGGCAGCGCAUAUUUUACUGAGCAUUGCUCCUGAGAAAUGCGUCAUUUACUGAUCUGCUUUUUGGGUAUGAUAAGUUAUGAAUCAUGAGGAACUCACCCGGUACCUUUUUAGGCACGAUACCCAGAGGUGAUACUUUAAAUUUAGGGAAAGGGGGCUCCAGGAAUGGACCUGCAACCCCCCCAAAAAAGGCGCUCUUUGGAAAUCUUUUUCGGGGCAACAGGGGCGUAGGAAGGGGGGGCUGCCCUGGGUGCCAUCAUGGAGGGGGGGUGACAAAUUAUCAAGGGACAAUUACUGCCCUACUAGGGCGGUUCAUAAAAAACUUUAAAAAAAAAAGCCUGCUCCAAAGGUCUUAUCUUGCUAAACUUUAUAUAGCUAUAUCUGAAAUUUCACGCAUAUCAGUUAAUAUCUUGACCCUCCUCCACGAAAAUAGCUGUUUACUUGACCAUUUUCCUAUGUGGUGAAGGCUGAAAUUUCAGUUCAGUGGAGCAUUUACUGUUCCCAACCCUAACCCUGCGGAAAGCCAUCUAAUUCGACUUUGAUUUGAUUUUGACAUGUUUUUAGGAGGUGAUUUAAUUAUUGUUUGAUUUUAUACCAAUGUUAUGUAUCUGAUGUUAGCUGCCCUGAGCCGGAAUUUGGCCGGGGAGGGCGGGAUAUAAAUAAAAGUUGAUUAUUAUUAUUAUUAUUAUUACUUAUUACUCCUUUGUAAGAAAAUAUGAAAUAACGUAAAACCAUUUUUGCAGGCAAACAAACAAACAAACAAACAAUGGGGGAGCUGAUAAGAAAUUUUCUGCACCGGGUACCACCUGCCCUUCCUACGUCUCUGCGGGGCAAUAUGGGGCAUCUCACGUACAGACUUUUAUUUGGGGGGGUUGGUGAAUGUCAAGAUGCCUACCACUGGGAUAUGGAACCUUCCUGGAAGCCCCCCUCCAGGUAUUUUGCCGCCUCUCUCUUGGGGAGGGUAGGGGGGCUAGGAAAAGGAGACGCUUAUUUGCAGAAAGCCUUGGAAAAUUUUCUUAUCCUGAAAGCAUUUUGUGGUUGGGUGAGAACCGCUGCAAAGGCACCUUUGUUAAAAUCCCAACAUGAUUUCCUUGGCACCCUCCGCCCUCCGGGGGGGGGGGACGACCCUGGGUUGAAGACGGAGCAGCUCCUCUUUUGCAUCUGCAACCUCUGGACCCGGGGGGGGGGGGAGUCGUCAGAUGCCCCCUCCCCUGAGCUGCAGGGCUGAGAGCGGUCAGGGACCCUGGGGCUCUCUCCUCCUUCCCCCUCCCCAGAGUCAUGUGUCCCCAGAGACUUUUCUUCCCCCGGGGGAGAGUCUGCACCCUGGACGGAGAGUCAGCCUUUGUGCACACGUGGGGGUCCAAAGAGCCAGGGGGGGCCUCUGUCCUGGGAAGCAGCUGCAAUUAUUAUUAUUAUUAUUUAAUUCAACUUAUACACCGCUCUAUACCCGGAGGUCUGAGGGUGGUUCACAAACCAGACCACAACAUAUAAAAUCAAACCAAAAACAAUACCACCACCACCCCACAUUCUAAAAGGGUGUUGGAUGUCAAUAAGUUCAAGCAAAGGCCUGCUUAAAAGGAACGUUUUUGCCUGGCGCCUAAAGGUGUAUAACAAAGGGACCAGGAGAACUUCCCUGGGGAGAGCAUUCCACAGACGGGGAGCCACUGCAGAGAAGGCCCCGUUCUCGUGUUGACCUCCUCCGGACCUCUCAAGGAGGAGAGAUGAGAGAGAUGGGGAAGGUGGAGGGAUUUAUUUUAUUGCUGCAUUUAUUUUAUUGCAUUUAUAGCCCUGCCUGUUCUCCAAGGAGCUCAAGGUCCUCCCCCUCCUCCGUUGACCCCCACAACAACCCUGCGAGGGAGGCCAGGCUGGGAGGCAGCGGCUGGCCCCCAAGGACACCCGAGGACUGAGGGCAGAAUUUCAAACCAGGUCCUGGUCCUGCGCUAACCACUAGGCCACACUCUCUUCCAACUAGGCGAAAAAGGAAAACACCCCGCUGGAUUCUGACUCCUGUCUGCAGGUGUGGCUGCUGACCUGAUCUCUCUCUCUCUCUCUCUGCCCCCCAGUCCUCUGCCCCCUCAUUUGCCAAAAUGGGGGGGUCUGCCUCAAGAAGGACAAGUGCCUCUGCCCCCCCAGCUGGACGGGGAAGUUCUGCCACAUCCCAGCCCUCCCUCGGCCCCACGGACAGCAGGCACCCUCCCGCCGCGAGACCAGCGCCCAGGCUGAGGGGGGGCCCCAGCCCAUGGCCAGGUCCACCUACACCCUCCCCAUCGCCAACCACCGCGAGGAGCGUGACGGUAAGACGGGGCCGGGAGAGGGGCGGCGUGGCGGCGGGUUGGGCUAGAUGGCCUUGGGGGGUCCCUUCCAGCUCUCCCCUCCUGGGAUUCUAAGAGGAGUAAGGGAAGGGGGGAGACAGGAUGGAGCCGAGGGGGCAGGAGGUUCCAGGACGCAGUUAAGUCAUUUUGGGCACCCUGCCCGCCUUGGAUUCGUAAUCCCACCCCCCAAAAAGCAUCGAUAUAGUAAGAAUGAAUAAUAAUUUUUAUUAUUUCUACCCCCACCAAUCUGGCUGGGCUUCUCCAGCCGUUACUCAGAAGAGCACGUUGCACGACUUGUCAAGGAAAGAACACCGUGAAAUUCUAAGCAGUAACAAUUCGUUGCAUAUUUCAGCAAGAUCUAAUUAAAAGCAGGAUAUUUUAGGUGUCUGAGAGGACCCCUCCCCCCCCCCCCCGCUGCCCCCUUGCCUCUUGCCGCCCUCCCCCAGGACAUAAGUAUCUUAUUUUCCCUUCUUUUAAUAAUUUCAAUGUGGUGACAAGAAGUUUUCUGCUCCGGGUACCACCUGACUGUGCUACGCCACUGCAUCCCUUUGUGGUUGCACCACCCCCUUUGGGAAUCUCGGAGUUGAAUGGUGUGGUUGUUGGGGAGGGGGAACACGCCCAGCUGGGAAGCCGGUGAGAGUCCGAGGCCGGAUCCUGCGCUGCGCGGCUUCCCGCGCCGUGAGGACCCUUGGGUGCCAACAGGGCCAUGCUGCGUCAAGCACAGCCAAGCCCAUUCUGGUUUGAGUUGGCAGGAGAGACACCCCCCCUCCUUACAGCUCAGGGAUAAGAACCCAAAAGAGCCCAUCUAGUCCAGCCUCCUCUUCUCAUUGUGGCCCAAGACCCCCCCAAAGAGCCUAGCAUUCGAGAUAGACAGCGCCUGGACCUGGAGGCUCCAUCAGGCCCUCCAGUCCAGCCUCCCGUUCUCACAGUGGCCAAUCAGGUGCCCCCAAGGGAAACCAGCCAUCAGGAUUCGAACACAAGACCGACUUGUGGUUCCCAGUGACUGGGGGCAAGAGGCUCCCUUGCUUGGCGCUGGCAGGAGAUCCCUUUCGGGUGGGGGCAGGGGACUCCUUUUGGGCCGGGCUCCUGGAAAAGGGAUCUCUGCCAGCCAGGAAGGGACGGAGCAGACAUCCAGCGACAGAGGAGAUGAAUGUUUGCUGGAGGGACGCCUGGAAUUCUUUUGGGGGGGGAAGGCAGAGGGACACGCUGCCUGCUUGCAAAUAUUUGAGGAGAUAUCGGCAGGAAUGGGACGUGUUGUCUCUCCUCCUCCCCGCCCAGCCAAAGCCGCCCAGACGCAGCCGGAGCCUCAGAGGCGCGGAUGAAGCAGGAGGAGGAAUUUGGCAGGGGAGAGGCCUCUUGAGGGCCGGGGGCUCAUUGGAGCCUCCAUGGGCAGGAGCAGUCUACCUUAGAGGCGCUGAAGGGAGGGAAAGGAGAGAAGCAGCAGGCAGGGCUCUGCCUUGCUUCCCUGGCUGGGAGUUGGCGAGGGGAGAAGCGUCAUAAUAAUAAUAAUAAUCAAUUAAUAAUCAGUUUUAUUUAUAUCCUGCCCUCCCCAGCCAAAGCCAGGCUCAGAGCAGCUGACAUCACAUAAAUAAGAUAAUAUGCAUAAUGCAAUAUACAAUAUGCAAAUAAAAUAACAUUCCACGUUCAUUAAAAUAAUAUAAGUAAAGGUAAAGGGACCUCUGACCACUAGGUCCAGUCGCGGCCGACUCUGGGGUUGCGGCGCUCAUCUCACUUUAUUGGCCGAGGGAGCCGGCGUACAGCUUCCGGGUCAUGGGGCCAGCAGGACUAAGCCGCUUCUGGCGAACCAGAGCAGCUCACGGAUACACCGUUUACCUUUCUGCUGGAGUGGUACCUAUUUAUCUACUUGCACUUUGACGUGCUUUCGGAAUGCUAGGUGGGCAGGAGCAGGGACCGAGCAACGGGAGCUCACCCCGUCAUUGCGGGGAUUCGAACCGCCGACCUUCUGAUCGGCAAGUCCAAGUGGCUCAAUACUAUUCAAUAUCAGCACUUCAAGAUUAAACAGAAAUCCACUCUUACCAGUUACAAUAAGUAAUUUCUAAACUCCAGUCAAUAAAACAACAGCAGGGCACAACACGUGGUGGGGGUGGGCUGGAUGACCCCCAGGGCUCCCUUCCAGCUCCACAAUUCUACGAUUCCCCAAAUUCCUUGGUUUGGGUCUUGCCUGCCUUCCUGGUAUUUGGGGAUCCCUCUCUGUCCCCUCUUCUCGGGGCUCAAUGGCCCCUUCAGCCUCCCUCUCUGCCCCCCCUUGACCCGUCUCUCCCCCCCCCAGGUGUGGCCUCCCUGGCCAGCGUCCACGUGCAGCACCCUCCCGAGGCCUCGGUCACCAUCCACCAGGUGGAGCGCGUGAGUGAGGAGCCGGCGGGGGACGCCAACGCCCUCCCCCUCUCCCGCCCGGCCCUCUACAGCGUCCUGGCGCAGAGCAGCCCCCGAGACACCCCCAGCGGGGGCUACGGAGAGGGGGCCGGGUUCGGAUACUGCUUCCGGCAGCUCCGCGGAGGAGAGGUACUACUUGGGGGGGCAGGGGGGAGGGCGGGGGGCGGCUGCGGCUCAUACAGAAUGCAAAGGACCAACCCCCCCCCCAUCAGCUCACUUGCAACUCAGCCCUCUAGGGCAAAAAAAGGGGGUCUGCUUAGAAAAUCCUCUGUAAAUGGGGGCAAUCUAGGGGUCUCCCACUGUUCCUUAAAAAAGCCAGCAGCUCUCAGUUCUUAAAGACAUAAGGGAAGACUUCAGGAUCAGGCCAGUGGCCCCCCUAGUCCAGCUUUCUCACAGCGGCCAAAUACCCCCAAGAACUUAGAAAUCCAGGUCAUGUUAAAUUGAAUUCCAGAAUGAUGUACAAAGCAAGUAUCAACCAAUGAGUUUUAAUUUUGAUAACAACUUCUCUUGAUCAUUUCUGUUGUACAGUUUUCAAAACCAAUAAAGCAUAAGAAAAGAACUUAGGGAUCCAGAUAGACUGCCUCUGGGCCUGGAGGUUCCAUAAGAAUGGAAGAAGCAGGGGCAUCAACUAUAGGGAGUCCGAGCACCCCAAAAAUGUUUGGGUGUGGCUGCUCAGCACCCAAUCCGCAAGGACCCCCAUGUGACUUCCGGCGCCUCGUGAAGCCCUGGAAGUCACGUCCGAGGCCAAGCGAGAUCUUGCAGAUGCGGUCAGAGGCCUUGCGAGAACUGUGACAACUCGGAACCGGACUUCCGGCGCCACUGGAAUUUCGGUUCUAAGGGCGCUGGGUGCGUGAGCUCAUGGCGUCGCGUCACACGCACUGGGCACCCGUAACCCGGGGCCCAAGUUGGCAGAAGGAGAGCCUGGCCAUUGGCCCAUCUGGCCCACCUUCCUCUUCUGACAGCGGCCAACCAGGUGCCUCCAUUGGAAGCCCACAAGCAGGACCCGAGUGCGAGAGCUUUCUGCCGUUAUUUGGCUUUCAGAGGUAGACUGUCCCUUGGCUUGGAGGUUCUGCGGUCAACAUCGGCCUCUGUAAGAAGAGCCUGGCUGGGAUUCGAAGGUGCAUUCGAAGGGAAGAAGGCAGCUGUCCUGGCCGGGGGUCGUGCCCCCCUCCUCCAUGGGUUUGUCUAGAACAGGGGUAGGCAACCUAAGGCCCGGGGGCCGGAUGCGGCCCAAUCGCCUUCUCAAUCCGGCCCACGGAUGGUCCGGGAAUCAGCGUGUUUUUACAUGAGUAGAAUGUGUCCUUUUAUUUUAAAUGCAUCUCUGGGUUAUUUGUGGGGCAUAGGAAUUUGUUCAUAUAUUUUUUCAAAAUCUAGUCCAGCCCCCCACAUGGUCUGAGGGACGGUGGUCCGGCCCCCGGCUGAAAAAGGUUACUGACCCCCGGUCUAGAAUCUGCUUUCAAAGCCAUUCAAGUUAGUGGCCGUGGCUGUCUCCGGUGGCAGGGAGUUCCGCAGUCCAGCUCUGCGCUGCCAGAAGGGAAGCACAGCUGUGAAUUCAUGUGAAGUGGAGACCGGGGGGGGGAGAGGGGGCAGAGAGUGGCUAAGCCCCCCGCUGCCUCUUUGGCAAGGGGGUCCGGCUGACUCAUCUGCUUUGGCUGGAGGCAGCAGGUGCUGUUCCAAAACCAGAAGAAACAGGAGUUUAUGGGGCCCUUUUGAUGGGGGUCUUCCCCCUCCCGCUGGGAGCAAAGCAAGGGGGGCCUGGAGGCCUCGGCCCCAGCAGGGUGAGGUUGGGGGCCCAGCAAGCCCUGGUAGGGGUUUCACUUUAGCGAAAUGGCUGGAUUUCAGCACUUUGGGUUGACCGGAGGCCAAGAGACUCCCGGAAAGAGCGGCUCACAGAUGAUUGUGUCGGGAGGGAGGGGGUCGCCAUCUGUGCCAAAAGAGGCGAUUGUGAAAUGGCAGCAGCUGGACGGGCUGGAGGGGGGGCUGAGGGGCACAGAGAGAAGAACGAAAGAAGAAAGAAGAAAGAAAGGCGGGAGGGAGGCAGAGAGGCAGAAAGAGAGAGGGAGAUCGUAGUCAUCUUCUCUAUGCCGAUUCCAGGAACACAGUUUAACUCUGUGGUGCCGUUAAUAAGGACUUUCUUUUCUUCUGUCCUCUUGUCUUCUUUAAGGCAGGGGUGCACUUGGUAACCCCCCUUUUAGGGCUUGAACAAGCAAGGGAAAAGGAUGGGGUUUAUAUUAUUUUAUUGAAUUAUCACAGCCUGCCUUUUUUCUCACCAAGGAGCUCAAAUUCACGGUCCUCCCUCCUCAUGUAUUCCCCACAACAGCCCUGUGAGGUAGGCUAGGCUGAGAGGGAAACUGAGCCCAAGCUCACCCAAGCAGUGGGGGGAUUCGAACCCAGGUCUCUCCUAGUCUGACAUUCUCACCACGACGCCACACGGGCUCCUAUGCACAAAGGUUUUGCACACUUGUGAGCAGAGGGCACUGUGUACACCCUGGGGGUCGCCGUGGCUUUGCGGGGAAGGGAGCCCCUCUGCUCGGGGGGGGGCUGCCCUAUAGAGGGAUUGUCAUGGGCCAAACCGUGCCUUAUCCUACAGGUGCAGAUGAAAGGUGGGCUUUUAGGGCUUCUCUGGAACAGCCAAGGUCUGGGCGAUUCUGAGGGGGUGUUCCUGGGUUAGGACCCCCCAACUGACUCUCUCCCUCCUCUUUCAGUGCAGUGCCCCCCUGCCCGGCUUGCGCACUCGAGAGAUCUGCUGCCGGGGGGCCGGCCUGGCCUGGGGGGUCCACGAGUGCCUGCCUUGCGCCAACGGCGACGUGGGUAAGGUUGCCAACUGGGCCCCCACCCUCUCCGAAGAAGGGGGAGUGGCUUGGGGGGGGCUGGGAAGGAGGACGUGGCUCACACCCUCCUGGGCCGGUUGGGGAGAGGAGGGGUGCCCCAAACUCCUGCCCUUUGGGCCAUGGGACACCCCUUUAAUGUGGCUUUUGGUGCAGCCCUGGAAGUGUCAGUGGUGGGGGGGUCUUGGUAGGGGGGGCAUGGAUAUAGCAAAGGGCUCCUCCAACCGCCCUCUCUCUCCUCAAAGGGGACGCCAGCCCUGUGGGGAGGAACGAAGUGGCCUGCCCCAAAGGCUUCCGCCGGCAGAAUGGAUCCUGCAUUGGUGAGUGGGGCUGGGCUGGCCGAAGACCCCUUGGUUUGUGGGGGGGGGCUUUCCACCCCUGGAUCCUUCUAGGGGCCAAGGCAGAGCCCCCACAAAGUCCAUCCCCUGGCUCCCAGGCUUCUUCCCAGGAGGGGCCUUUGCUGCCCACCCAUCCUGCCAGGACGGGCCUGGAUCUGCCCCCCCCGGCCUUUUCUGACACCCUCUUUCUCACCCCCCCAUGGCCAGAUGUGGAUGAAUGCGCAGAGGGCAGCUUCUGCCACAAUGGCGACUGCACCAACACCCGCGGCAGCUUUGCCUGCGUCUGCCACGAGGGGUACAUCCUCGACUCGUCUCGUAGCAGCUGCAUCUGUAAGUCGGGCACCCCUGGCACCGGCGUGGGGCGCUGGGGGGUGGAGGUGGGGGUGUGGCAGGCCUCCAAACCCGCCUCCUGUUCCUGAUUACAUGAGCAGAGCCUGCUGGAUCCGGCCGAUGGCCCACCUAGUCCAGCCAAGUUUAAAAUGCUUUACUUACAAAAUGUUCCAAAGGUCAGAUUCAUGCAUUUAUCCAGGCAGCAGCAAGGAAAACACAGGCGGAAUACUCUUGGGUAGGAAAUACAGAAAGGUAGCUCCAAACACAUGCUCUGGACUUGGCGCUUGCUUGGACAGGACUUCCUUGGUCUGUUACAUGGCUCAGAGAGAGAGAACAGGAAGAGAAGGUUUCACUUCCUCCCUCAUCAGAUAAGAGGGGGCAUGGCCUAGCUGAAUCUAGGAAUCUAACUCUAUGGUCUUAACCCCUUCAUGCACCAACUAGCACUUACGUUUGCCUGCAAAUUCCCACAGCGUUUCCCAAUUGUGGGAUGUCCAGCACUUCUAGUGUUUUGAGAGAGUGAGCGGGGAAAGCUCUGCACUUUCUCCAGGCCAGGCAUAAUUUUACAGACUCUCGCCUCUCACUCGCUUUUCCUCUAAACUAAGAAGCCCCAAACGCUGCAGCCUUUUGUUGCAGGGGAGUCCAGCUGCCCCCUUCUCAUUCUGGCUGCCCUUUUCUGAAAACCUCCUCUGACGCUGCCGUCUCCAUCUCCCUUUUGAGCAGAGGAGACCAGAACAUAUAUAUAUAUAUGCACAAGUUUUCAUCUUUUUCCUUUGUCACAUUCAUAUCAAAUCAUAUCAUCACAUACAACUUUGCUCAUACUGAGCAUCGACUCCCUCCCCUACAGCUUUCUUAAGUAAUCACAAUCUUCUUAGCAUUGAUAUAUAAUCCUGUUUAACUUCUUAAUAUAUAUUUUUAAAAAAUUACUUUAGUAUCUAUAAAUCAGUUUCAAAAAUUUUCAUUACAAAAUAUUUUAAAUCAAAACAACAAACGUUCUCAAAUUAAAAUGUUCUUUCAUACAGUAUGUUGUAUAAAUUUACGCCAGUCCUUUUCAAACAGUUCGCUGGUUUCGGAUUUUCCCUGUCAGCUUUGCCAGUUUUGCAGAUUCAAUCAUUUUUAUCUGCCGUUCUUCCAAAGUUGGAAGUUCCUGCUGCUUCCAUUUUGGGGCUAAAAGUGUCCUUGCAGCUGUGGUGGCAUACAUAAACUUAUUUAAGUCUACUUUUGGAAUUUCGUCUCCCACAAUACCCAAUAGAAAAGCCCCUGGGUUUUUUUAAAUAAAAGUAUAUUUAAAGAUCUUUUUUCAAUUCACUGUAUAUCAUGGGUAGGCAAACUAAGGCCCAGGGGCCGGAUCCGGCCCAAUCACCUUCUAAAUCCGGCCUGGGAACUGUCUGGGAAUCAGCAUGUUUUUUACAUGAGUAGAAUGUGUCCUUUUAUUUACCGUAUUUUUCGCUCCAUAAGAAGCACUUUUUUCCUCCUAAAAAGUAAGGGGAGAUGUCUGUACGUCUUAUGGAGCGAAUGCGUGGUCCCUGGAAAGAGGGAAGGGGGUGUUGAAACAAAGCCGCUGAUCAGCAAGCAGUCAGGAGGGAGAUAAGGGAUGCUAGUGAUAAAGGAGGCUGCCUGGGAGGGGGGAGGUAAAAGCCCAUGGAUCCUCAGGAUUUUUACAUUGGAUCACCCCAAAUUCACCAUCAGAUCACAUAGCAUGUCCAUGGCUGCAGCCUGCACGAAAAAAACCAUGCACCCACUGUUUUGGGGGCCGCAAUGGUGCAAAAAUGUGGUUACAAAGCACGGAUCCACAGGGAGUCUCAGGAUUUUUGCAUUGAACUACCCCAAACUCACUGUCAAAUCACAAGUCUGUGGUCACAGCAUGUACCACAAAUACAUCCACUGUUUUGUUCAGAAUAUAUUUUUUUCUUGUUUUCCUCCUUUAAAAACUAGGUGCGUCUUAUGGAGCGAAAAAUAUGGUAAAAUGCAUCUCUGAGUUAUUUGUGGGGCUUAGGAAUUUGUUCAUAUUUCCCCCCCAAAAUAUAGUCCAGCCCCCCCCCCCCAAGGUCUGAGAGACGGUGGACCAGCCCCCUGCUGAAAACGUUUGCGGACCCCUGUUGUAUAUCAUAUCCCAGCAGGCUUUACCUAUACUGCACGUCCACCACAUGUGCAGAUUUUGAGGCCCCCCUCUCCCCCCGCAGCCCACCACGUGAUCUCGGAGGCCAAGGGCCCCUGCUUCCGCGUCCUGAGGGAGGGCAGCUGCUCCCUGCCCAUCCUGCGCAACAUCACCAAGCAGAUCUGCUGCUGCAGCCGCGUGGGCAAGGCCUGGGGCCACGCCUGCGAGCGAUGCCCGCCCUUUGGCUCAGGUGAGGAGGGCGCCCAGGGAGGGGGCGAUGGGGAGACAUCCGGAUGGCGGGAUCAGAGGCUGGAAGGGGAGCCAGCUUUGCCUGGGCUGGAACAGCAAAUUUUGCUGUGUGAUGGCGGGUUGGGCUAGAUGACCGCUGAGGGUCCUAUUCCAAUUCCAUCAUUCUACAAGCUUUCUCUCUGCUCAUGAGUGCAGAGGACCUUUUGCCCAGGGCAACCAGCCCCAGUCUGGGAUUAAGUGGGGCGAGGCUGUGAGGGCAAUGCCCAGCAGGCUCCAGAGUGAAGUGGGGGGUGCUGAGGGUCCCCCCCCAAAAAAUAAACCCCUCUCUUCACACUGAUCUCCUUCUCUUUGGCAGACGGGUUCAAGGAGAUCUGCCCGGCAGGACCCGGCUACCACUACUCGGCCUCUGACCUGCGCUACGACACCCGCUUCCUCGGCCAGGACCUGCCCCGGGUGCCCGUCGGUCGCCAGCAAGGGGGUCGGGAUCCGGCCGCCAGACCCCCCCUGGCAACAACCACAGCGCCAUCCGUCCGUAUGUUCCCUGGGGGGAGGCCAGAGCCCCCCCUUCCUGCUCUGCCCCUCUCCCCAUGGCAGACCCGGCCUCUUGGGGCACAGGGAGGGUGGCUUCUCUGAUCUGGAUGUUGCGGGGAAAGGGGAGCCUUGGCAGGCCAUCCCUGCAAGGCGGGCCGGUUUGUGGAACUGGGGGGGGGGCAGAGGGUGGGCAGUUCUCCUGGUGUUGCCUGGCACAGCAUCAGCCCCCGGCUGCGACUCCCGCAAGUACCCUUGGCACCCCUUCCAAUUGUACAGUUCUUCCUUUCUAAGGCUGGCAGAGUCUGUGCCAGUUUGGAUGAGAUGGGCUGGUGCCAUUUCUCAUCUUGCAGGGCUGGGCAUUGGGGGGGUCCUUGCCCCCUCCCCUCCUCACGCCAGCUCUCUCCCCGCCUUGCAGUGCGCUGGAGCCCCCCGCCCACCUCCUUGCCGGAGCGCCAGCCUCCCCGGCGUGUGCCAACCCAGUCUCCUGACCCACCUGUGCCAGGUAGGAAAAGCGGGCAAGUCAGGGGGGAGGGAGGCAUUGUGCCUCAAUGUGGGAGCCAGAACUUCAAAUAGACUCAGUUGGUCGAGUGUGAGGCUCACAGGGCUGUGGGUUUGAGCCCCAUGUUGGCAGAAAGAUUCCUGCUUGGCAGGGAAUUUGACUAGAUGCCCGAUUCUAAUGUGGCAGCGCCUACACUCUGGAACUCCCUGCCGAUUGACACCCGUCAGCGGUGCCUUCUCUGCGCUUUUUGGGGGCCUGCUAAAAACGUUCAGAAAAGCCCACAGAGAUGCUCUGAAAGCUUAUGCCAGUCUUAGGCUGGAUCUACACUGAUACAGUGGUGCCUCAGUUCUCAAACUUCAUCUAUUCUGGAAGUCCGUUCCGAAACCAAAGCGUUUCGAAACCAAGGUGCGCUUUCCCAUAGAAAGUAUUGCAAAAUGGAUUAAUCCGUUCCAGACUUUUAAAAACAACCCCUGAAACAGCAAUUUAACAUGGAUUUUACUAUCUAACAACACCAUUGAUCCAUAAAAUAAAAGCAAUAAUCAAUUUACUGUACAGUCAUACCUCGCGUUAAAGUUGCUUCAGGUUGAGCAUUUUCGGGUUGCGCUCUGCGGCAACCCAGAAGUAACGGAACACUAAGAAAAACCCCCACGUUAUAUAGCUCUCUUUUUCUUUUCUUUUCUUUAUUUAUUUGGUUUGUCAAAUUACAGUUUUAUAAUCACAUACCCAACGUGCAACAUAAAAAACAAAGUUCCAUAGAAUCUCCUCGACUUCCCUCCUCCCCUUUGUGGAUCCUAUUGUUAAUCAUUUUUCUCCUACCUCUUUUUGUUGUUGUUGUUGUUAUUUAGUCGUUUAGUCGUGUCCGACUCUUCGUGACCCCCUGGACCAGAGCACGCCAGGCACCUCUGUCCUCCACUGCCUCCCGCAGUUUGGUCAAACUCAUGCUAGUAACCUCGAAAACACUAUCCAACCAUCUCGUCCUCUGUCGUCCCCUUCUCCUUGCGCCCUCCAUCUUUCCCAACAUCAGGGUCUUUUCCAGCGAGUCUUCUCUUCUCAUGAGGUGGCCAAAGUCUUGGAGCCUCAGCUUCAGGAUCUGUCCUUCCAGUGAGCACUCAGGGCUGAUUUCCUUCAGAAUGGAUCGGUUUGAUCUUCUUGCAGUCCAUGGGACUCUCAAGAGUCUCCUCCAGCACCAGAAUUCAAAAGCAUCAAUUCUUCUUGAUGGUCCAGCUCUCACUUCCAUACAUCACUACUGGGAAAACCAGAGCUUUAACUAUACGGACCUUUGUUGGCAAGGUGGCAUCUCUACUUCUCAAGAUGCUGUCUAGGCCUGUCAUUGCCCUUCUCCCAAGAAGUAGGCGUCUUUUAAUUUCGUGGCUGCUGUCACCAUCUACAGUGAUCAUGGAGCCCAAGAAAGUAAAAUCUCUCACUGCCUCCAUUUCUUCCCCUUCUAUUUGCCAGGAGGUGAUGGGACCAGUGGCCAUGAUCUUCAUUUUUUUAAUGUUGAGCUUCAGACCAUAUUUUGCGCUCUCUUCUUUCACCCUCAUUAAAAGGUUCUUUAAUUCCUCCUCACUUUCUGCCAUCAAGGUUGUGUCAUCUGCAUAUCUGAGGUUGCUGAUAUUUCUUCCGGCGAUCUUAAUUCCUGCUUGGGAUUCAUCCAGCCCAGCCUUUCGCAUGAUGAAUUCUGCAUAUAAGUUAAAUAAGCAGGGAGACAAAAUACAGCCUUCUCGUACUCCUUUCCCAAUUUUGAACCAAUCAGUUGUUCCAUAUCCAGUUCUAACUGUAGCUUCUUGUCCCACAUAGAGAUUUCUCAGGAGACAGAUGAGGUGAUCAGGCACUCCCAUUUCUUUAAGAACUUGCCAUAGUUUGCUGUGGUCGACACAGUCAAAGGCUUUUGCAUAGUCAAUGAAGCAGAAGUAGAUGUCUUUCUGGAACUCUCUAGCUUUCUCCAUAAUCCAGCGCAUGUUUGCAAUUUGGUCUCUGGUUCCUCUGCCCCUUCGAAAUCCAGCUUGCACUUCUGGGAGUUCUCGGUCCACAUACUGCUUGAGCCUUCCUUGUAGAAUUUUAAGCAUAACCUUGCUAGCGUGUGAAAUGAGUGCAAUUGUGCGGUAGUUGGAGCAUUCUUUGGCACUGCCCUUCUUUGGCAUUGGGAUGUAGACUGAUCUUCUCCAAUCCUCUGGCCACUGCUGAGUUUUCCAAACUUGCUGGCAUAUUGAGUGUAGCACCUUAACUGCAUCAUCUUUUAAAAUUUUAAAUAGUUCAGCUGGAAUACCAUCACUUCCACUGGCCUUGUUAUUAGCAGUGCUUUCUAAGACCCAUUUGACUUCACUCUCCAGAAUGUCUGGCUCAAGGUCAGCAACCACACUACCUGGGGUAUAUGAGACAUCCAUAUUUUUCUGGUAUAAUUCCUCUGUGUAUUCUUGCCACCUCUUCUUGAUGUCUUCUGCUUCUGUUAGGUCCUUUCCAUUUUUGUCCUUUGUUAUGGUAAUCUUUGUACGAAAUGUUCCUUUCAUAUCUCCAAUUUUCUUGAACAGAUCUCUGGUUCUUCCCAUUCUAUUGUUUUCCUCUAUUUCUUUGCAUUGCUCAUUUAAGAAGCCUUCUUGUCUCUUCUUGCUAUUUUUUUGAAAUCUGCAUUCAAUUUCCUGUAUCUUUCACUAUCUCCCUCGCAUUUUGCUUGCCUUCUCUCCCCCGCUAUUUGUAAGGCCUCAUUGGACAGCCACUUUGCUUUCUUGCAUUUCCUUUUCAUUGGGAUGGUUUUCGUUGCUGCCUCCUGUAUAAUGUUGCGAGCCUCCAUCCAUAGUUCUUCAGGCACUCUGUCCACCAAAUCUAAAUCCUUAAACCUGUUCCUCACUUCCACUGUGUAUUCAUAAGGGAUUUGACUUAGAUUGUAUCUUACCGGCCCAGUGGUUUUUCCUACAUUCUUCAGUUUAAGCUUGAAUUUUGCUAUAAGAAGCUGAUGAUCUGAGCCACAGUCAGCUCCAGGUCUUGUUUUUGCUGACUAUAUAGAGCUUCUCCAUCUUUGGCUGCAGAGAAUAUAAUCAAUCUGAUUUCGAUGCUGCCCAUCUGGUGAUGUCCAUGUGUAGAGUCGUCUCUUGUGUUGUUGGAAAAGCGUGUUUGUGAUGACCAGCUUGUUCUCUUGGCAGAACUCUAUUAGCCUUUGCCCUGCUUCGUUUUGAACUCCAAGGCCAAACUUGCCAGUUGUUCCUUUUAUCUCUUGAUUCCUACUUUAGCAUUCCAAUCCCCUAUAAUGAGAAGAACAUCCUUCUUUGGUGUCAUUUCUAUAAGGUGUUGUAAGUCUUCAUAGAAUUGGUCAAUUUCAGUUUCUUCAGCACCAGUAGUUGGUGCAUAAACUUGGAUUACUGUGAUGUUAAAAGGUCUGCCUUGGAUUCGUAUCGAGAUCAUUCUAUCAUUUUUGAGAUUGCAUCCCAGUACAGCUUUCGCCAUUCUUUUGUUGACUAUGAGGGCCACUCCAUUUCUUUUACGGGUUUCUUGCCCACAGUAGUAGAUAUGAUGGUCAUCCGAACUGAAUUCGCCCAUUCCCGUCCAUUUUAGUUCACUGAUGCCCAGGAUGUCAAUAUUUAUUCUUGUCAUCUCAUUUUUGACCACAUCCAACUUGCCCAGGUUCAUGGUUCUUACAUUCCAGGUUCCUAUGCAUUAUUUUUCUUUACAGCAUUGGACUUUCCUUUCGCUUCCAGGCAUAUCCGCAACUGAACGUCCUUUCGGCUUUAGCCCAGUCAUCAGCUCUGGAUCUACUUGUACUUGUCCUCCGCUCUUCCCCAGUAGCAUGUUGGACGCCUUCCGACCUGAGGGGCUCAUCUUCCAGCGUCAUAACUUUUAUAUGCCUGUUGUCUUUGUCCAUGGAGUUUUCUUGGCAGGGAUACUGGAGUGGCUUGCUGGUUCCUGCUCCAGGUGGAUCACAUUUGGUCAAAACUCUCCACUAUGACCUCUUCAUCUUGGGUGCCCUGCUCGGCAUAGUUCAUAGCUUCUCUGAGUUCUUCAAGCCCCUUCGCCACGGCAAGGCAGUGAUCCAUGAAGGGGGCAGUGAUCCAUGAAGGGGCAUGCCUCUUUUAUACUAGUCCAAAUCUUUUACAUCUCUAUUAUAUCCAAAAUUCACCAUAAAACUAUAAGUGUUAUUCCAAUCCUACUAACAAUUUCAACAGUUUACAGUGGUUUUUAAGAACGUUAUUUAGCUCUCAAGGCAAUUUCCCAUUGACUGCUGUGCAGCGCCCCCUGGUGACACAUUUUUACAACACAUUUAAACAUUAUAACUCACCAGUAUAAAUUAGUCCUUAUUCCGGUCUCACAGUUAUUUUACCUUUCCGAGAUUGUUUUUAUAUAUGCUGUAAGCUGAACUAAUUAAGAAAUGCAGUAUGAUAUUAGACCAUCCCUCCCUGAACUUCAGAGCAUGGGAAGUCGCCCAAAAGAUAUGUAAUAUGGCAUUGAAUAUUUGGCUUUUUUGAUUGCAUUAUAAUUUGGAAUGUUUUAAUGUGGUUUUUAUUGGAUGGUUAAAAAUAAAAUAAAAAUUAUUAUUUAAUAAAUUGUAUAAGUGUAUAUAAAUAUGUGUGUAUAUAAUUUAUUAAAUAUUAUUUAAUACAGUGGUACCUCGGGUUAAGUACUUAAUUCGUUCCUGAGGUCCAUACUUAACCUGAAACUGUUCUUAACCUGAAGCACCACUUUAGCUAAUGGGGUCUCCUGCUGCUGCUGAGCCGCCAGAGCAUGAUUUCUGUUCUCAACCUGAAGCAAAGUUCUUAACCUGAAGCACUGUUUCUGAGUUAGCAGAGUCUGUAACCUGAAGCCUAUGUAACCCGAGGUACCACUGUAAUGAUAUUUAAUAAUAUUUAUUAAUUUCUGGAAGCUGCCCAGAGUGGCUGGGGCAACCCAUUCAGAUGGGCAGGGUAUUUUAUUAUUAUUAUUAUUAUUAUUAUUAUUAUUAUUUCUCCCCACCAGAUGCUGGGCAAGGCGUGUGUGAACGGCGCCCCCAAGUGUGUGGUCCCGGGCGCUGCAUCCCCCGCCAGGGUGGCUACACCUGUGUGUGCGACCGCGGCUUCUGGCUGAGUCCUCAGGGCACCCACUGCAUUGGUGAGGGGCGCAGGGGGGGUGGCAAGAGAAGCAGGAGGCUCUGAGGGGGCGCAGGGAGAAGGCAACUCUUUGGGGAUGCAGAGGCGCUUGCCCAGAGUUCAGCUUCCGAAGCUGAGCAUAGGGAGAUUCGGGAUGGAUAAAAGGAAGGACUUCUUCACGCAGUGUCUUGUUCACCUGUGGAACUCCCUUCCACAAGACCACCAACCUGGAUGGCUUUGAAAUUCACGAAGGAGGAGAGGGCUUCCGAUGGCUCCUCCACAGUUGCAGGCAGAAAUGCUUCUGAAUCCCAGUUGCCGGAAGCCAGAGCAGGGGAGAGGGGGUCUGGGGUUCAAAUCCUGCAGGUUUCCCAGAACAGGUUGGCUGCUGUGAGAACAGGAGGCUGGCAGGCCAUGGGCCUCAUCCUGCAGGAUCCUCUUGUGUUCUUAGGAAGCUUUGAGGGUGUGCAUGGCAUCAGAAGGCGGCCUCAGAAGAGCCCGAGGUGCCCACCCCCCCCAGCCAGGGGCCCCAAGGAACUGGGUGCCAGAGGGGCCACAAGCCCCCAUAGCAGCCAUCGCGACUGGCACUCAGAGGUGUUUUCUGCCUCCCCCAGCGGAGGUGGAGCUCACUGUUGUGGCACUUGGGGAAAUCUGUGGCCCGUAAGCUCAGCUUAGGAAAGCAGGCCGUACAUGCUCAGAGGUAGCCUCUCCGGGAGUGUUUCACAGAGCUCAGCUUUUUCGGGCUAUGGGGGGCAGCCAGGGCCGGGUUGAGGUCUGAUGAGGCCCUCAGCUCCGGAAGGGAAUGGGGCCCGUCCUAUAUCCAGCUGUCCUUUGUCCACAACAAAUGGUCACUGGUUUUUGUGUUGAAUAUAUGCUAGAUGGUCAUUUAUGGACCUCAUAAGUAUCUCAAGCCAUUUGCACAUCACAAAAUGUGUAUUUUAUCAAAGUAAUUGUUGAACUGAAAUACAGUUAAGAAGUAUAUUAAUAGUGAAAUAAUUAUUAAGCUCUAACUUAAAAUGAUUGGGGGCCCAUGACUUACCGUAUUUUUCGCCCUAUAGGACGCACUUUUUCCCCUCCAAAAAUGAAGGAGAAAUGUGUGUGCGUGCUAUGGGGCGAAUGCAGGCUUUCGCUGAAGCCUGGAGAGCGAGACGGGUCGGGGCGCACGGACCCCUCUCGCUCUCCAGGCUUCAGGAAGAUAUCCGCCUGCCUUGGGAGCCCAGCGGGAGUUGCCACCGGGCUCGCAAGGCUUGCGGAUAGCAGCCUGUUCUGCGGUCGGGGGAAGCUCGGGCUUCCCCAGCCCCGCAGCUGGGGGGGGGGAUUUUUUUUUAUUUAUUUCCCCCCCAAAAAACAAGGUGCGCCCUAUGGGCCAGUGCGCCCUAUAGGGCGAAAAAUACAGUACAUCAUAGGAGCCUACACAACACAAAACACUGUUGCUGGAUGUAGGUUUUAUUUGAUUUGGGGUUUUUUAUCAUAUAUUUUGGAAAUGUACAUCCAGGUUUUCUCCCCUUUAAUUUUUUUGGGGGCCCCCAAGAGAGUGGGGCCCUAAGCUAGAGCUUGUUUAGUUUAUACGUAAAUCCAGCAUUGGGGGCAGUGGCAAUGUGGGGUGGGGUUUGGGCUGCGUGUCUCCGUGGCACAACUUCUUUCCUUCCCCCUGACCCCCCUCUCUUCUUACCCUUCCCCCCCCAGACGUGGACGAGUGCCGGCGGAGCCCCCGCCCCUGUGCCAACGGGCGCUGCGAGAACUCGGUGGGCAGCUUCAGCUGCAGGUGCCGGGCCGGCUACCAGGCGGACCCCUCCGGCUCCGAGUGCCAGGGUGGGUGUGGGGCAAAGAGGGAGGGGGGCUGGGAUGAUGGCUCCCUUCCUCAGCCUCGAAGCAACACUCUCUUCCUCUUCCUCCCCCAGACAUUGACGAAUGUGCCAAGACCCCCCCGCCGUGUGCCAACGGGCGCUGCCAAAACACCCCCGGCUCCUUCCGCUGCUCCUGCCCCCCCGGCUACGUUCCCAGCCCCACCGGCUUUGAAUGCAGAGGUAACGGGGAGGGGGGGUCCCUUCCUGUCUGGGAGGGAGAGGCUGGAGGGGAAACUGAGGCUCCGGAGGCUUCGCGUUGCUUUCACAGAAGCCUGGGGAGUGAGAGGGGUCAGUGCCAACCAACGCCUUUCGCUCUCCAGGCUUCCAGGUUAGCUGCCUGAAGCCUCCAGAGUGCAGCGGGACUUCGGAGGCUUCGGGUUGCCUUCACUGAAGGCGACUGAAUGCACCUUGAACGCACUGAACGCACCUUGUUUUAGAGGGGGAGAACAAGAAAAAAAAUCUCCCCCUCUCUGCGCAGCGCCCCUUCAGCCCAGCGGGAGGAGAAAUGGAAGGGGCUUCGUUUCUCCUGCCGCUUCGCUGAAGGGGCGCUGGGCAGAGAGGGGGAGAAUUUUUUUUCCUUGUUCUCCCCCUCUGAAACAAGGUGCAUCCUAUGGUCGGGUGCGUCCUAUAGAGCGAAAAAUAUGGUAUGUGUCAAUUGUUUUGCAAUGAAGUUAGAAAGAAAAAAGAAAGAAAAAUUCAAAUCAGUUUCCCGCAGUCUUUUCCAAGCCGAAAGUUGAAUGUGACCCCUUUCUCUCCCCCCAGAUGUGGACGAAUGCUCCCAGAGCCCCCCGCCCUGCGCCCGCGGCCGCUGCCAGAACACGCCCGGCUCCUACCAGUGCAGCUGCCCCUCUGGCUUCCAGCCCGGCCCCACGGGCACCGAAUGCCUGGGUGAGAGAGGGCGCCCCCUUGCCCCCCUUCCUGCGGCCCCCGAAGACUGCCUCCUGGGGGAAGCUGCCUUGCCCUGGCUCAGACCAUUGGCCCCACCUGCCUCAGCAUUGCUUACACAGGCUGGCAGCAGCGGCGGCAGCAGCCCUCCCAGCCCUCCCUGUAGAUGCUGCCACCAGGGAGGGAGCCAGGGUGCCUUCUGCAUGCCAAGCAACUGCUCUCGACACAGAGCCCUUUUGCAGAACGUUCCCCCAACCUGCCUCCUCCUGGGACCCAGCGGCAGAGAAAACCGGGGGUCCCAGCCAGGGUGGGUUUGAUUUAAAUCACAAUUUAAAUCACUAGUCGGUAAGGCUUGAUUGAAAUCAUAUUUUUAUAUAUAUAUACAGAAAGACUCGUUCUUGCUGGUAUCAUCUUAAUAUUUACAACCAGAGGAGGGUUUCCUUUUUGGAAUCAUAAAUUUUCAGAGUAGUUUUUACAGUUAUAUCAACAAUUCCUGAUUAAACUAUUAGAAAUACCUAGACAGGUAAUUAUGAAAUUAUGGUGAGGUUUCAUAAGUUAGCUGGUUAUAUCUGGACAACUUUUCUGCUGUACUUGAUUGGAAGGAGAUAAAUAAUCAUUUCCUUAAUAACCUUUUCAACUAUGUAUUUAACUAAAACAAUAACAUUAUAGCAUAUGUGUCCAUGUUUGUUAAACAUGUGGUUAAACAGUCUUUUAAAAAAAUAAUAAUAAUAAUUAAGAGUUUUAGCACACAUGAAAAACUUAAAACAAAUCCUUAUUUCCUGAUGAAUAGCCUUUGGACUAUAAUGUAACUUAAAUAGAAAACUAUGUUUAGAAAGAUUUUUCCUCCAAAAGCAUUUUAUUUUAAAAAUCUGAUUUAAAUUUUUUAAAAAAUCCGAUUUAAAUCAAAAAAAUUGAUCAUUGAUUUUUAUCCACCCUGGUCCCAGCCAGCCAGCCCCAUCUCCACAUGCCCAGUGGGGGGCUUCCAGACCACCAUGGCCCCCGUCCCUUGGGAGGGAGGGAGGGUCGGGCGCAGAGCAGCCCCCAGACCUCCAUUGCUGUUCUUUUGCAGACGUGGACGAGUGCCGGGAGACCCCCACCAUCUGCCAACCCGGCCGCUGUGAAAACGUCCCUGGGGGCUACCGCUGCAGCUGCCCCAUCGGCUACCAGCCCCACCCGCUGGGCACCCAGUGCGUAGGUAAGAGCGCCAAGGAAAGCGCGGAGACACUGCCGCUGCCUUGGGGUCCACGUCCCCCCACUUUCCCGGAGACUGCUUCCAGGGCUGGGCAGGGGGGCGGGAAGACAAGAGCACCCUCACGAUGCGCACAGCUCUCGAUUUCGAAAGGUGAAUCUGGAGAUGUUUGGUGCGGCGCAGUCAGCGGUUUGAGUGUUGGCUCGGGACCUGGGAGACCAGGGUUCGAAUCCUCCCGCUCGGCCACAAAGCCCGCUGGGGGGUCCUCUGGCCAGUCGCUGCCGCUCAGCCUGGCCCACAUCGUGGGGGGGGGGGUUGAGAGAAUAAGGAAGGGACUGAGGGAACUCACCUUGAGCACCUGGGUGGGUAAGUGAGAUAUAAAGAAGAAAAAAUUGGUCAUGGUGAAAUUCUGUGUGUCUCUUCUUUCUCCCCCCCCCCCACCAGAUGUGGAUGAAUGCCAGCAGAGCCCCCCGCCCUGUGGGUCUGGGCGCUGCGAGAACGUGCCCGGCGGGUACCGCUGCCUCUGCCCUGCGGGAUUCCGCGCCAGCCUGACGGAAAACCAAUGCCUGGGUGAGAGGCGGAGAGUGGAGGCGCCUCGCUUGGGGGGGCUUUGGGGUUGGGCUCAGCCCCACGGGGCCCCUGACUCUCCCCAUCUGCCCCUUUCCAGACAUGGACGAGUGCGCCGCGGGAACGCCCUGCGGGCCUCAAGGGCGCUGCAUCAACACGGAGGGCUCCUUCCGCUGCCAGUGUGGACGAGGGUACCGCGCAGAGGGCACAGGGACGUCCUGCGUGGGUGAGGGGGGCAGGGGGCGGGCGACUGAGGCAGGGGGGGCGGGGAUUUGGCAUUGGGCACCCCUGGGGGCAGACCCUGCCCACCUCCGCUGAUUCCCUUGGCAGCGUGUUCUGGUGUGCUCUGCCAGGGCACAGGGUUGGGCUGGAUGACCCUUAGGGGUCCCUUGCAAAAACAAACUUUGGUGGGGCAGCCCUUCUGGAGUUUGAAGGUGGCCCCCCGGCCCCCUCUGAGCCUCCUCUCCCUCCCCCGGCUGAGCACCCCCAACUCCCCCCGCCUCUUUCUCUGCCCCCCAGACGUCAACGAGUGCCUGGAGGGCGACUUCUGCUUCCCGCGAGGCGAGUGCCUCAACACCGAGGGCUCCUACACUUGCCUGUGUGCCCAGGGCUUCACCAUCGCCCCCAGCGGGGCCUCCUGCAUCGGUAAGCGGCCCCGAGGGCCACCCGAGGGCCGCCUGGCGCGGGAUGCAGGCUGGCACAGAUGCAGCCUGGCAGACGGAGGGAGGCGGCCAUCUUGGAUCUCUUCCUUUUUUAUAUAUAUUUAUUUAUUAGUUUUUUUAACAUAUCAUUUCCAACAAUCAUAUAACAUAAUUUCUUAUCUUAUACAAUAUUUUUUACUUCCGUCAGCUCCUCUGCUGAUAAACAACUUACAGUCCUGUCUAUUUAUAUCAUCUCCUACAGUGCCAAGUAAAAAUGCUUCCGGUUUCUUAAUAAAUGUAUAUUUCGACAUCUUUUUCAUCUCGUUAUAUAUCAUUUCCCAGAAGUUUUUCACUUUUUUACAUUCCCACCACAUGUGAUAAAAUGUUCUUUGCUUUUCCUUUACAUUUCCAACAUUAAUUGCUUAUUUUAUACAUUUUAGCUAAUUUCACGUCUUGGAUCUCUUCCAUGGGGGUUGGCGGGGGGGCGGGCACCUCCCUGCCGUGCUGACCCCCUCCUUCCCUCCCUCCCCACAGAUAUUGAUGAAUGCCAACCGGGCACGGCGUGUGCCGGGGGCCACUGCGCCAACACCGAGGGCUCUUUCGACUGCUACUGCCCGCCGGGCACCCGCAGCAGCGCCAACAAGGCCUCCUGCGAAGGUGAGGGGCACCGGGGGGGUGGCAAGAGGAAGACGGGGGGGAGGGCCAAGGAAACCCUGACCUGGGCCUGACCUCCCGCUCCCCUAGAUAUCGACGAGUGCCAGGAGUAUGGGGCGGCCCUCUGUGGGACGCAGCGCUGUGAGAACACGCCCGGCUCCUACCGCUGUGUGGCAGAUUGCCAGGCUGGCUACCGGGCUGGCACCGCGGGAGACUGCAUUGGUGAGUGUUGCUGCAGGGCCCACGUGGGGGGUCUGGGGGGGGUCUGGAAGCCUCUCUUUUGCUCUGGGGCUUCACUAGGUGGACAUCUGUCUGGGAUGCUUGAGCUGAGAUUCUUGCCUUGCCGGGGGUGGACUACAGGACCUUUGGCGUCCCCUCCAACUCUACGAUUCUGUGAUUUCUGAGGCUGCCAAGGAGUCCCCACCUCCUUUAUUGCUGGGGGGGGUAUUAUUGGGUUAUUGUUUUUAUUUUGGUUUUAUAUAUUGUGAUCUAGGACCCUCGUACCUACGGGCCCGCCUCUCCUGGUCUGCCCCGCGGAGGACCUUAAGGUCCACAAAUGACAACAUUUUGGAGGUCCCAGGUCGCAAGGUGGUUAGAUUGGUCUCAACUGGGCCAGGGCCUUUUCAGUGCUGGCCCCAACUUGGUGGAACGCUCUGUCACAAGAGACCAGGGCCCUGCGGGACUGGACAUCUUUCCGCAGGGCCUGCAAGACAGAGCUGUUCCGCCUGGCCUUUGGUCAGGGCGCAGUCUGACCCUUGUGUUUCCCUCCCCUUAUGGUUUUGACUUUUAAAAUAAGGCUGCAUUUUAAAUUGCAUUUUAACCUGUAUUUUAAAUUGGUGGGGUUUUUUCCUAAUAUGUUUUUACUGUAAUUUUACUGGUGUUAGCCACCCUAAGCCCGGCUCUUGCUGGGGAGAGCGGGCUAUAAAUAAAAUUUAUUUCCUGAAGCUGCCCCUGUCCGACUUGAGAGGCUCUUGAAGCUGAAUGCUGCAAGGUUCAGGGCAGGUGAAAGAAAGUCCUCCUUCGCCAAGUUGAACUGUGGAACUCCCUCCCACAGUGACGGCCACCAACCUGGCUGGCUUUCAAAAAAUCCAUGGAGGAGGAGGGACGCCUAUGGCUGGCUCUCAGCUACAGUGGCUCCGCCUCCCGGUUGCUGCAAACCCCAAGAGGGGAGAGUCCCCAUUGCUCUCAAGUCGUGUGACCCCUUGAGAUCAGGACGCUGGACUCUCUGCUCUGCUGUCCUGAUGCAGCAAGCUCUGUGGACGCUCUUAUGUUUGACAUCACGUUUUGUGGUCCUUCCCUGCCCCACAACAUGUUCAUAUGGGGCCUUCCUUCAGACAUCAACGAAUGCCAGGAGUACGGCGUGAGCCUCUGUGGGGAGAAGCGCUGCGAAAACACCCCGGGGUCCUACCACUGUGUCGCCAGCUGCCAGACGGGCUACCAGGCCACAGCCACCGGGGACUGUGUGGGUGAGUCCCGGGGGGGAGGGGUGACAAAGGGGCAAACCCAUCAGGUGGGAGGGGGCGCCUCCUGCCCCCGAGCCAGGCUGGCAAAGGGGUGCAAGCUGUGGGAAUGUUCAGGGAGGCAGGAGAGGAUAUAUUGUUUAUUAAUAUCCUUCCUAACUUGAGCUAGCAAGUUCCUUUACUUAGCAGAGUUUCACAUUCCCCUUUUAAACGCACAGCAGGCAGCUGGUUGCAGGCUUGUGUAAGCCUCUCACUAUUAAGUUCCUGGUAAGUCCCCUUAUAUCCCUCUUAAAAGAAUAAACACACCACAGUCUUGUGUCAAGUAUAUAAAACAAGUUUACUCACAUCAGUUCACAGUUGGAUCCCUGAAGGCAGACUUAGUUACAAAGGAUAUACAUGUGGGUCUAUCCCAUAUGGGGAUAAUCCCAGUGUCCUUUGUCGGCUGAAAGACAAAAGGGCAUUUCUAGCUAAAAAGCUGCUCCAAUGACAGAGAAAGUCAAAAAGAGAGAGUGUGGCAGCAUGCCUUGUCCUUUUAUUACCUGGACAGGUAAGGUCACACCUUACCUGUCCCAGCCAGGAGGAAACAGGAAGUUUUUGACGGGCUGGACCAAACAUUCCUGCAUGUCCACUCUAGGAAAACAAGGAAUGUUGUACUUGACUGCUACUUACAUAUCCCACCCCACACAAGCCUGCGGUGGGUGGAGGGAGAGAGCGAGUGCUGAGUGGGUUGCCCUGCUGUCUUCCAGACGUGGACGAGUGCCAGAACAGCUCCCUCUGUGGAUCCCACGCCGUCUGCCACAACCUGCCCGGCUCCUUCCAGUGCAUCUGUGACCAGGGCUACGAGAGCGCCAGGGACGGGCGCCAUUGCCUGGGUACGUGGCCGGGGCGAGGGAGGGAGGUUGGCGAUGCCCGCGUUCUCCACCAAGGUCUCCUGGGGAAGGGGCUGCCUCCGUAGGGGGCCUGGCAUGCUGCCAGGUGGGGGACAAGGGGCAGAGGGGAUGGGGCAGGUGGGGGCCGCUCCCCGGUGAGCCCCUCCGCCAUCACCCCCCUUUGCUGCCCCCCACAGACAUGAACGAGUGUGAGAUGCUGCAAGGGGUGUGUGGCACCGCCCCCUGUGAGAAUGUGGAGGGCUCCUUCCUCUGCAUCUGCCCCCGGGCGGGCGAAGAAUUUGACCCCAUGGUCGGGCGCUGUGUUGCUGUGCCAGGAGCCGGUGAGAGGCUUGGAGCUGGGGCUGGGGGGGGGGUCCUUUCUCCACUGGGGAGUCGCUUCCCCCCUCAAUCAUCCCUGCUGCUCUUUCCUGGACCUCCUCCAACUCUCCCCCCUUCCGCCUUUUCCAGCGCGGCCCCCGGCCUUCCCUCGCCGCCCUGAGGCUCCGCGCCCCGAGACCUGGCCCUCCGGGACCGGCGAGGGCGUCCGGCGAGAAUGCUACUAUGACCCCAACGCAGCGCAGGCGUGCGAGAACGUCUUGGCCUGGAAUGCCACGCGCCAGGAGUGCUGCUGCAGCCUGGGCCACGGCUGGGGGGUCGACUGCCACGUCCAGGCCUGCCCCUCCCCAGGGACAGGUAAGGAACCCCCAGAGGCCAGGAAGGGUCCGCUGAGCCCAGAGCCUGAGGGGGGAGUCAAGCCCUCGUCUCAUUUCAUGCUGUCUUCUUUUUAACACUCAGUUGGAAGCCGCCCAGAGUGGCUGGGGAAACUCAGCCAGAUGGGCGGGGUAUAAAAAACAAAUUAUUUAUUUAUUUAUUUAUUUAUUUAUUUUUAAUCCCCGCAACAACAACCCUGUGAGGUAGGCUGGGCUGAAGCAGUCACUGACCCUGGUCACGCAGGGAGAGCUUCGUGGUCCAUGUCCUAGUCCAGGGGUCCUCAAACUUUUUCAGCAGGGGGCCGGUCCACUGUCCCUCAGACCUUGUGGGGGGCAGGACUAUAUUUGGGGGGGAAUGAACGGCAGCAGAGGGACGAUGAGUGGCAAGUAAACGGGCUCUGGAGAGGGGCUGGCACCAACAUAGCCCAGCCCGCUUCCUCCUCUGGGCAGGGCAGGGAGAAGUCAGGAGGAGGGAGGGAGGAGGCACCAGCGCCACCGCCCUGUGAGGGAGAGGGAAAGAACGCGCGCUGGCAAUCCAUGCGGCGAUUCCCGGACCGUCCGCCCUGUGCAGUGCUUGGAGUCACAAGACUCUGUUUACAUUCCAGACCGUUGGAAGUCUCACGGGAGACAGAUGUUGAUGUUACUGGUUUCCUGUUUCUUUGUACCAGUUGUUCUCUGCCUUUCACAGAGAGAGGCUGUAUAUUCUUUUCUGUCUGUGUAGUUAGAAAUAAAACUCUUAGCAAUGUAGCUCAUAUUUUUCGUCCUUCUGCCGCUUGGAUACUCUGUGUAAUGAGUGAAGGUGCCUGAAGCCUCAUCAAAGGCUUAGGUCGUUAAUCAUCUUCAGCCCACCCAUGUCCCACACUCCAACCACUAGGCCACACUGCCUGUUAUGGUGGGGGAGUGAGCUUCUGCAGGGUUCUGCAAGCAGGGAAGGAGCAGAGGGUCCUUGGGCGCGGCUGACGGGUCCUCUCCUCCUUCCGCCCCCCAGCUGAGUACCAGGCCCUGUGUCCUCACGGCAACGGCUUUGCUGCCCCCACCACUGGAAGCCUCUCCGCCCUCGCAGGUGAGAUGUUCUGCUCUCGGGGGGCUUUUGCCGGGGGGAACCUGUGCCCUGCCCACCCUCCUGGGUCUGUCCUUGGCACCUGGGAGGCACUGGGGUUUCUGGGCGCGGUGCCCUUGGUCCUGGGGGGCUCUCUCGCUGACCCUCUCCUUGUCCUGGGCAGAUGUGGAUGAGUGCGCCCUCUUCAACGCCCAGGUGUGCAAGGGGGGUGUCUGCGUCAACAAGGUCCCCGGCUACGCCUGCUACUGCCCCAACGGCUACUACUACGAGACACAGCACCUGGAGUGCAUUGGUGAGAGCCUCUGUCCGCCUCCAAACCCCCUGCUGCCCCAAUUAUGCCCCUGAGGGACCCCACGGGUAAAGAGGUCCCUCCUUGCACCCACACGUGCCCACUUGACCAGCUGCAUCAGCGGACCUGGCACUCCUGCAGGUGCCGCAGGCUGCCCACAUUGGCAAGAAAUCAAUUAACCCUGACCCUUUGGAACUCCCUGCCUCUUGAAAUCAGGCCGUGCCCCCUUCACUGUGUUUGAAACGUCCCCAUUUAGAGAAGCCGAACCAGUGCUUUCCCCUAAAAAAAUAAAUGCUUAGGGGUACUCUCAUUUUGACAGUAAAUGGACUAAAGUACAAAGAUUCACAAAAUGUUUAGGGGUCUGUGUCCCCCCCAGAAAAAAGCACUGAGCCUAACCCAGAUGUUCAGUCUGUUUUAAGCCUAUUAAAUUUCUGAACGUUUUAAACUAUUAUUGAUAGCUAUAUUAUAUUUUUCUGGAAGAAGCUUAGCUGUUGUUUUUGCAAUUGAGUGGCGUAUAAACUUUGGGAACUAGCUAAAUUGCAGAGGGUUGCAUGAUCCUUCGCGUCUUUUCCCGACUCUGCAAUUCUAUGAUUCUGCAAAACGAAGGGGCCCCCCUGCUCCUCUGACCCCCCCUUGUCCCUCCCCAGAUAACGACGAGUGCCUUGACGAGGAGGCGGAGCCUUGCGUGGGAGGGCGCUGCAUCAACACCAUUGGCUCCUACUACUGCUCCUGCGCCGCCCCUCUGGUGCUGGACGCUUCGCAUCGCCGCUGUGUGACCAAUGACAGCCAAGGCGCAGGUAUGGGGCAGACCCCUUAGUGCAACGCACAACCCCCCUUCCCUCCCCACUUUGCGGCUAAGGCAGUUAAGGUCCGGGGGGAGCUCUGCAUCCCAUUCACAGGUAGGGGGCACCUGGGAGGGUGGGCAGGUGUGCUGGGCCUCCAUUUCUCGCACUUAACUGUGGGUGCUAAGUCCGUGGACCUGGGGGAAGCAUUCUGACCUCUUCUGGGCUCACCUCUUUCCCCAAAGUUAUGGGCCAGCGGUUGCCAAAUCUUGUGGCAGUGGGUUCCAGAGGCUAAUUUCUUUGGCCAUCUUCAGCCUCGCCAGUUCUUUUGCAGUUUGAUCCCUCAGGAUUUUGGAAGGGAUCACUCCGUGUGAGAUUCCUGCGGAGGGCUGAUGCUCCAGCUCAGCGGAUCCCAAACUUUUUCCAGGACUUGCCUCCUUGAUUCCGUACACUCCGCCCCAGAUCCAGAUCUGGUCAUUUGGGCUCUUCGUGUUUACUCUCCUCCACUCCGCAGGAUCCCUGUGAACAGGAUCUGUGCUGGUUUGGGGCCUGGGGGGAGGGGGCAGGAAGAGGGCCUGGCCCCCAUAGAUGCGCCUUGGGGCGGUUUCUCCACUUCUCCUGCUCUCCCUGCCUUCCAGAUGACAACCUGGCCGUGUGCUGGCAAGAGGUGGGGCCCGACUUGGUCUGCAGCCGCCCCCUCCUGGACCGCCAGGUCACCUACACCGAGUGCUGCUGCCUCUAUGGCGAGGCCUGGAGCAUGGACUGCGCACUGUGCCCAGCCCCGGACUCAGGUAAGACCCGGGGGGGCUGGGGGGAAGGCGGGGCAGCCAAAGUCCUGCUGGAUCAGGCCCAUCGAGCCCAGCAUCCGGGCCUCCCAGGGGCCAAAGGCAGUGGCACCUCGGUUGCCAAACGUAAUCCGUUCUGGGAGUCCAUUUGAAAACCAAAGCGUGUCAGAUGUUCGGCUUCUGAAAAACGUUCGCAAACCACAACACUCACUUCUGGGUUUGUGGCGUUCAGGAGCUGUUUGACAACCAAGGUACCACUGUACCCCUAAUGUUUAGUCCAAAGUCAUGAGUUCGAGUGCUGCUUUAGUUGCAAUUCCUACAUUGCCAAGUGUGGGUUUCCUCUUUCGCCCUUUGAAUCCCUUUGUGCUACAAGGGGGAGACCUGGGAGCAGGGCCAGAUUUAUGGGUAAGCUAAACAAGCUCUAGCUUAGGCUCCACUCUCUUGCCCCCCCCCCAAAAAAUUAAAGUGAAUAAAAAACUGGAUGUGCAUUUCCAAAAUAUAAGAUAAAAAACAAAUCAAAUAAAACCUACAUCCAGCAACCGUGUUUUGUGUUGUGUCGGCUCGUACGAUGCCAGUCAUGGGUCCCGCCUGCUCCCUCAAAUAUCCCUGGUUUGCUCCUUUCUAUAUAUAGGGUGCCCACAUUCUGCCUGGACUGGUUGCAGGGCAACAUGGGCAAAGGGCUUGAGAUACCUAUGAGGCCCAUCAAUUACCAUAUAGCAUAUAUUCAACAGAAAAACAGCGACCAUUGGUUGCUGACAAAGGACAGCUGGACAUAGAAAGGGCCCCAUUACCUUCAGGAGCUGAGGGCCUCAUCAAACCUUAAUCCGGCCCUGCCUGGGACCCAAUCUCCUGUAACGCCCCCUCCCCCAGGCCCACUUGCAGAUGCCCCCCCCCGACCUUUGGGAAGGGGGGAGAGAAGAGGCCUUGUGACCCUCCCUGACCAACAAUCUCCUUCUCCCCCCAACCAGAUGACUUUGAGACCCUCUGCAACGUCCUCCGCCCCCCCACCAGCUACGGAGCAGGGCCGCGCCCAGGAGGUGUGGGGCCACCCUUUGAGUACGGGGGUCUGCCCUACGGCCCAGAGAUCUUCGGCCCCCCGCCGCGCCCCGGACCCCCCCGCCUGCCGGACUACGACCUCUUCCCCCGCGACUCCCUGUACGGCCCCUCGCCCUACGAGGCCACCGACUUUGAGGACCUGCCCUACGGCGAGGCCAGGCGGGAGGGCCCCGGAGAGAGCCCCCGGGGGGUGUACCGGCCCCGCAGCCCCCCCGAGCCCGAAUGGCACCUGCCCCCACCCCGCAGCGGCUCCAGCUCCUACCUGGAACGGCCGGGAAGGGCCAGCGAGGACUAUGGUGAGUGGAGUGGUCUCCCCCAAACUGUUCUCACAGUGGCCAGGUGCCCCUAAGAACCCAGGUAGACUGCCUCUGGACCUGGGGGGUUCCAUUAGAAGGGCCCGGCCAGUAGAUCAGGUCUGUGGCUCGUAUAGUCCAGGAUCCUCUUCACACAGUGGGAAGCCAGAUGUCCCAGUGGGAAGCCUCCGCAAGCAGGAUCUGCACCCAAGACCCCUCUUCCCUCUUGUGGUUUCCAACAACUGGGAGUCAGACGCAGUGAUUGCUUCUGACUCACGGAGGCAGAGCUAAGAGCCACCUGUCACCAUGGAUGUGGUCUAACCCUAUUUGAAAGCCAUGCAGACCUGUGGCUGCAGCUGCCUCUGGUGGAAGGGAGUUCCACAGUUUGUGCCGAAGGAAUCGGCCCUUUUUUCUAAAUCUGCCCUGGAUCUGUUCAUUGGACGUCCACAAGUUCUGGUGUUAGGAGAGAGGAAAUCUUUCUCCAGGCUGGGGGGUUAAAUUCAUCUACGACUCCCUUUUCCCCCAGUGCUUUUUUUUUUUUUUUUGCUUAAAAAAUGCUUAGGGGUACUCUCAUUUUGACUCGAGAAAAACACCGUUUUAUAGUCCAAAUCAGGAAAAAUAAAUACAGUAGUCCAAAUCAGGAAAAAUAAAGAAAUAGAGUGGUACCUCUUGAUUGCGAACAGGAUCCGUUCCGGAGGCCCAUUCGCAACAAGAGCAGAACGCAACCCGCAUCUGUGCAUGCAGCGAUUCACCGCUUCUGCGCAUGCAUGUGACAUCAUUUUGCGUGUCUGCGCAUGCACAAGCGGCGAAACCCGGAAGUAACCCUUUCCGGUACUUCUGGGUUGCCGCGGGACGCAACCUGAAAACGCUCAACCUGAAGCAAAUGUAACACGAGGUAUGACUGUACAUGUUGAGUGCGUUCAGGUUGCGCUCCGCAGCAACACCGAAGUAACCGAGUGCAUUACUUCUGGGUUUCGCCGCUCGCGCAUGUGCAGAUGCUCAAAAUGACGUCACGCACAUGCGCAGAAGUGGCGAAAAGCGACGCACGCAGACGUGCCAUCGUUAGUUAUGUUUGCUUCUGGAUGCGAACGGGGCUCCGGAACGGAUCCUGUUCGUAUCCAGAGGUACCACUGUACAGUAAAUGGACAAAAGUACAAAGAUUCACAAAAUGUUUUGGGGUCUGCGUACCCCCAGAAAAAAGCACUGCUUUUUCCUAAGCUGGAAAGCCCCAUGGGCUGCACCCUUCCUCUCAGGGGCAUCGCUCCUCCCCCUGGAUCCUUUGCGCGCCCCUUUCCUAACUCUACAAAAUCCUUCCUGGGGGGAGGAGACCAGACCUGGGCACAUAUCCUCUUCCGCUUGCCCAUCUCUCUUGCCCCCCCUCCCCAGGCCCCUUUGAGGGAUUUGGGGGUCUCCUGGCCGAGGAGUGUGGGAUCCUGAGCGGCUGCGAGAACGGGCGCUGCGUCCGCGUUGGCGACGGAUUCACCUGCGACUGCCACGAGGGCUACCGCCUGGAUCCUGCCCGCAUGGCCUGCCUGGGUGAGUCUGCCCCCCGCCCCGCCAUCCUGGCACGCCUGGGGGUGGGACCCCCAAGUGUCAUCUAUCCCAACCCCCUUUUGCGCCUCCUCGCUUGCUUCUGCCCCUUUGCCCACGCCAAGGUUUCGUCUCUCUCUCCCUCUUCUGCAGAUGUCGACGAGUGUGGCGAGUCGGAGCACCUCUGCCCAGGGGGGCGCUGCCUCAACAUGGAGGGCUCCUACCGCUGCCUGUGCCCCCGUGGCACCGUGCCCGCUGGGCAGCCCCCCCGUUGCGUCCCUGCCCCCCGCAGUCGAGCCUGAGCAAGAGGGGAGGAAGAGGCUGGGGAAAAGUAUUUAUUUACCUGUAUAGACUGGGAGGGGAGGGGCGGCCCGGAAUAAAAUCCUCUCCCCCCCCCCAGCAAAUGGAGGCUCCUCACCCAGGGAGACCCAGAGGAGGCGGCCUGGAAAUGCACUUAUAUUGGGGGGGGGGCGGAAGCAGCUCUUGUCCACUCCCACCUUCGCCUGCUGCAUCAGCGCAGAAGUCGCAAAAUAGGAUUUAAUCCCCCGUCGUUGAGGAAAUACUUGUAGUCAAAAAGAACCUGCCUUGGGAAGGGGGGGCAUUCAGCAAACUGAGCUUUUUGUCCCCCCCCCCCAAUUUAAAAAGCCUCCACUCUGCCCCACUGGAUUUGCCCCAUUGCUCUUAUGGCUUUGGAAGAUGCUUUUGUAAAGGCCAGGCCACUUUCCUCACCAGCUGGGGUGGGGUGGCACGGAGGCUAUUUCUGCACUCUGCGCGAGGCCCUGCGCCCUCUUUUCCACACACACCCCAGCCUCCUGGGCCUUUAGAUGCUGGAGCCUUGCAGAUCUCGCCCCAGAGUCCGCCUGGGCCAAAUUCUCUGGUGCCCCCUGGGCAACCCAGUCUGUUUGCCAAAGAAAGCCAGGAUGCCUUGCUGGGUGGGCCGCCACCCCCCCCCCCGCUGGAAUGUGGGGUAAGUGCCCCCCACCCUAUCCCAAAGCUGUAAUGAGGGUGGGGAGAAGAACCCCCCUGGGGGUUGGUUUUGGGAAAAUACAUUCCCAACUGGGUCAUGUGCCCCCUUGGUCUUCCAGAACUGGCAGAGAAGGGCUUCAACCCCCCCCCCCCAGCCCCACAUCCUUCCUAGGAGAUCCAGACACCCCCCCACACCCCCCGAGGCAACAAGGGCCAGCCCCCCGCUUGCCUGGCUUAGGCCGCCCCCCUCGCCCGCCCCAAAAUGGGUGCUCCUGGGGCAUCGCCCCCCCCUCACUGCUGUUACUAGAACAAUAAAGGUUUUCUACAAAA